AGCAGCUCACAGCAUCGAGCCGGCCAGGCCAAUCCUCAGCCCGCGUGCACCCACAAAGCACCGCAAAAGCACGAGCGAUUGUCAGCCUACCAUCAUGUGGAGUCAUAACACGUGAGCCCGCACAGCCAUAGCACAGCUGCACAGCCCCGGUACAGCUGGAGAAACGCCGUCGACGCGCGUGCAAAGCAAGCAUUCAUUCUGAAACGUAUCGCAUCGCUGCCAGCGAGCAUCGAUCACAUGUCUCUCACCGCACGCCUGCGCGGCGCGGCCUUCGUGCUCCUCCUCGUCACCACCGCUUUAGUUGGCAGCACGCUCCUGCUGCCGCCGGCCAUCCUCCUACCGCUCGGCUUUAAGAAGUUAUACGCAAAAUAUGCAUCAUUCAUAGCCUGGUGGUGGUUUUCGUGCGCUGCCGCGGCGAUCGAAGUCAUGGGAAACGUGAAAUACGAGAUCGCCGGCGACGUACCUGAUGACGAGAAGGUCCUGGUCAUCUGCAACCACCACUGUCGCUUGGACUGGCUGUAUCUCUGGCCGUUGGUCAUGAGGCAUGGCAGGUGCGCCUCGCUACACGUGACGCUCAAGGAUUCAUUGAGGAGCGCGCCGUUUUUUGGCUGGGCGAUGCAGGCCUUCGGCUUCGCGUUCGUGUCCCGAAAAGACAGAGAAGGGGACCUCGACGUCAUUCAGUCGUCGUUGGCAGGGCGUACACCGCUCUGGGCGCUGCUCUUCCCCGAGGGGACAGAUCUGUCCGAGUCGAACGUCGCGAAGUCCCAGAAGCAUGGGGCGACAUUAAAGCCGCCCAUCAAGUGGUCCCAGGUCCUGGUGCCGCGCGCGGCCGGGUUCGCCGGCGCCGUCGAGGCGAUGGGAUCUCCGGUGAUCUACGACUUGACCAUCGCGUACGACAACGAUGGGCGCCCGGACGAGCCGUCGAUGCUCUCUGGUAAAUUCCCGCGGCGUGUUAUUGUUCGUGUUGACCGCAUCACAAAACCGCCGCGCGACGUGAAGAAGUGGCUUUUUGAAAGAUGGGCCCUUAAGGAGGAGCGCCUCGCGGCGGGUUUAACGGGCGAGCCCUCGGCUUCAUCAAAUGCUCUUGUUCACGUUCUGUGCGGCGCUUUUAUCGCGGCGCUGGCGUGCUACGCGCUCUGCGUCGACUGGCGCGUCCGCCGCGCCUUCUACGCGACGAGCGCUCUCUGGGUUGGCGUCGGGAAGGUUGGGGGCCUCGACGUGUUUUUGUUGAGUGGGAGCUAAGUACUAAAUAGCCUU